AUGAGGGAAAAGGUGAUGAGCAGGAGCAAAACGUUCCCAAAUAUCGCCUGCUUCUUCCUCUGCGCUCUGAUUGCACCUAAUCUCACGGGUAUUUUAGGUGAAGAUGCUCUGCUGCCCUCACCUCAGAAUAUCUCUAUUCUUUCUACCAACAUGAGACACUUCUUAACAUGGAGUCCUGUGACCAUCCAGGGUGAAACUGUGAGAUACUCUGUUGAGUUUCAGGGGGAGUAUGAACGUGAGUAUGCUAAUGAGAGCUGGAUCCCCAUCUGUGAGUGUUCACUCAUCACAGCCACAGUGUGUAACAUCACAGAGGAUAUAUCAGCCACUGUGGCCUAUAACCUGCGUGUAAGGGCAGACAUUGGUGCUCGAAGAUCACAGUGGGGCACCCUGAAGGGUUUCUUCAAUCGCAUCACAACUUCCCUGACCCCACCUCCAAUGAAGGUCAUAGCAGAUGGGUAUCAUUUACUAGUGGAGCUGAAAGAUAUGGGGCCUGCCUUUCAGUUCUGUGUUCUCUAUUGGAAGAAAGGCCAGGAGAGUAGGAUGCAAUGGAAGAUGGUGAAAGAUGUCAGCUCCACAGUUCACCUGGACACCAUGGAGGCAGGACAUGAUUAUUGUGUAAAAGCUCAGACAUAUGUCGAGACGAUCAACAGAAGCAGUAGCUUCAGCCAGACACAGUGCGUGAGAGCACAAGGUGGCAGAUCCUUGUGGCUCGUUACUGCUGUGAUGUCCUCUGCUGGCUUUGCUCUGGCUGCUUUGACCCUGCUUUUCCUUGCCUGGAAAACAAGAAAAAUCUUUCAGUAUUCCUGCUGCCCCAUUGCUGUCCUGCCAGACACACUGAAAACAGCAGAACCCCCCACCCAGCUGAUACUGUGUGGGAAUGAAGAAGCUGAGCAAUGUGAUCUGAUGGUGUGUGUGAUGCCUUCAGAAGAGGUUCUCCGACUUUGGAUUCAAGAAACACUUUAG